AUUGUAGAUCACAACAACAAGGUCGCUAGCCUGAGGGCGUCUAAACACGUUUAUAUUUCAUACGGCCUCCGCGACCCAACACUCGCUUGAUUGAUCGUACACUGGUGCAUUUGGUUGCACAGAAUGUGUAAUCAUUGACAGGGCCCUCCUCGUACCAAUACUUGUCCCUAAUCUGUGAUAGUUCAUAUAUAAAAGGCUCGACUCGUGAAUCGUCUGCCAAUAUUUUCUUCCAUUCCACGCCCCUGCCAUUAAGGCCAUCAUGAAGAUCGGAUGUCAUCGGUGCAGGACUCGUGUUCCACAGGAGCUGAUGAUAGUUCAUCAAACCCAAUGCCGAAACAGGACGAUAACACCUACGCCCAAUCCUCAUGCAUGCACAUCCAUCUCAUCAACUGGACCCACAUAAUACUCGUACGUCACAGUUGCAGAACCCUUACCUCCCACCGGUUGCACAUCCAGCCGUCCCUCAGGCUUUCAUUCUACUCCUCAUCGUACCGGGCUUCCUAAGUGAUCCAUCAGAUUCGGACACAUGGCGACGAGAGCUCGGGCAAUUGCGUGACAAGCUCCUUCGGAAAAUCGAGAAAUCCAGCGAGCUCGCGAUGGAAGACAGGCAAAUAUGUCGCGAAUACGUCAAAGAUGUCAAAGUCUAUCAAGUGCUUCCAUUCUUUUGUGCACAUCCUAAAGAAGUUCAUGGUGUUUCAGAAUCUGAUGGUAUACACUUACGCACACCUGAAACGUCGCACGACCAAUGGAUGCAAAUUGCAGAGUGGAGAAGCUGGCAUUACGAUGACCUCAUGACACUAACCAUUUAUCGUACUAUCAGGGAUACUUUGAAGAGCCUUUUGGAUCGUAGUGAAAGAGAUCCGUGCCCUACGCAUGUAUCAGUCAAAUUUUCACCAAGACGUAUUGUUCCCUGCGAUGAUGAGGCAUUCCUUCGCGUCCUUCUGGUCUUGUGCGGAAGAGAUUAUGAAAAUGAGUUUUAUGGCCUCGCACACAACAAAGCACAAGAUAUGGUCGAUCUACUUGAAGAGAUCCUGCGAGAUCCUUCCACAGAUCAUGCCACGCACGCACGGCUUUUGAGAUAUAUCAUUCGACUAACACGAAAAUCUGGUUGUUUGCCAUGUCAACUGCGGUUAGACGGAUUAGAACCGACCUCGAUGCGUGUUGUUGAGCAGGGCGGAUCCGCAACUAUCUUUACAGCGUCUUAUAACGAUCAAGCUGUUGCUAUCAAGCGAUCGCACCUGCCAUCCAUAUCCCAGAGUCGCAAAGACUUUGUGAGCGAGGCAGUGAUUUGGAGUCACUUGAAACACGAGAAUAUCGUGCCAUUCAUAGGCGUCAUAGACAAAGACUGUAGGUUGUGGCUCGUUUCGAAAUUCAUGUACAGUGGUAAUGUGAGAACGUACAUCGAGUAUACGGGCAGGGGGAACUGCGAUCUUCGUCAUCUGGCGGAAGGAGCUGCAAAAGGUCUUUGCUAUCUGCAUGCUCUCGAUCCGCCCAUCAUCCAUGGUGAUCUCAAGGGAUUCAAUGUCUUGGUCGACAAAGAGGGAAUGCUUGCCUGA